GAGAAGGCGGAAGUGAGGGCGUCCGCCGUCUGGGCUCGGGCUCCCGAAGAGCCGGGGACGCAGCAGCGGCGGCCUUCGGGUGAGGUGAUUGGCGUUCCGGCCGCCGCGGUGUCCGUCGUCUCCUGGCGCCUUGGCCGAGUGGAGUCGUGCCGCCGGGUGGAGCCGGCGGCCCAGCGGACCGGAGCGAGCAGUUGGUCAUUGUGUUACUAUGAGUCUGCUACACUGUGAAAACAGCUGUGGGUCCAGCCAGUCUGAGAGCGACUGCUGUGCAGCCAUGGCGGCUGGCUCCUGCAGUGCUGCGGCCAAGGAGGACAGUGUGAGCGGAACCGCCAGCACUGGGAAUCUCUCCAGCUCUUUUAUGGAGGAGAUCCAGGGAUAUGACGUGGAAUUUGACCCGCCCCUGGAAAGCAAGUAUGAAUGCCCCAUCUGUUUGAUGGCGUUACGAGAAGCAGUGCAAACACCAUGCGGCCACAGGUUCUGCAAAGCCUGCAUCAUCAAAUCAAUAAGGGAUGCAGGUCACAAAUGUCCAGUAGACAAUGAAAUACUGCUGGAAAAUCAACUGUUUCCUGACAAUUUUGCGAAACGAGAGAUUCUUUCUCUGACGGUGAAGUGUCCAAAUGAAGGUUGUUUGCACAAGAUGGAACUGAGGCAUCUUGAGGAUCAUCAAGCACAUUGUGAGUUUGCUCUUAUGAAUUGUCCCCAGUGCCAGUGUUCCUUCCAAAAAUGCCAACUUAAUUUUCAUAUUCUCGAGGAGUGUCCAAGGAGACAGGUUUCCUGUGUAAACUGUGCUGUAUCGAUGGCAUAUGAAGAUAAGGAGAUUCAUGACCAGAACUGUCCUUUGGCAAAUGUCAUCUGUGAAUACUGCAAUACCAUGCUCAUCAGAGAACAGAUUCCUAAUCAUUAUGAUCUAGAUUGUCCUACAGCCCCAGUUCCAUGCACAUUCAGUACUUUUGGUUGCCAUGAAAAGAUGCAGAGGAACCACUUGGCACGCCACUUGCAGGAGAACACUCAGUCACACAUGAGAAUGUUGGCCCAGGCUGUUCAGAAAUUAAGCCUUGCAGAAGCUCCCGUACCUCAGCGUGAAAUGCUUCCAUAUGAGUCUCCCUUUGUGUCCCGGGUUUCCUCUGGGUGUCACUCAGAGGUCCAGAAUUUCCAAGAAACUAUUCAACAGUUAGAGGGUCGCCUUGUAAGACAAGAUCAUCAAAUCCGGGAGCUGACUGCGAAAAUGGAAACCCAGAGCAUGUAUGUAAAUGAGCUCAAACGAACCAUCCGAACCCUUGAGGACAAAGUUGCUGAAAUAGAAGCACAGCAGUGCAAUGGGAUUUACAUCUGGAAGAUUGGCAACUUUGGGAUGCACUUGAAAUCUCAAGAAGAGGAGAAACCUGUUGUCAUUCACAGCCCUGGAUUCUACACUGGCAAACCCGGGUACAAACUCUGCAUGCGCCUGCACCUGCAGCUGCCAACUGCUCAGCGCUGUGCCAACUACAUAUCCCUCUUUGUCCACACGAUGCAGGGGGAGUAUGACAGCCACCUCCCUUGGCCCUUCCAGGGGACGAUACGGCUCACGAUUCUUGAUCAGUCCGAAGCUCCUAUAAGGCAGAACCAUGAAGAGAUCAUGGAUGCCAAACCAGAGCUGCUUGCCUUCCAGAGACCCACAAUCCCACGGAACCCAAAAGGUUUUGGCUAUGUGACUUUCAUGCAUCUGGAAGCCCUGAGACAAAGAACCUUCAUCAAGGAUGACACUUUAUUAGUACGCUGUGAGGUCUCUACCCGCUUCGACAUGGGUAGUCUUCGGAGGGAGGGUUUUCAGCCACGAAGCACUGACUCGGGGAUGUAGCAUCCCCUCAUUUGUUAAAAAAAAAAAAGACCCAUUUGGAGAAAAUGGUGCCUUUCCUUGCCCUGUUUGCAGCAAUGAUGUACAAACAAAAAAUGCAGUGGGAAAGAUAUAACUACCAGUGAAUGUGGUUUAACUUCUUCCUGUUAAAAAUAUCUGAAGAAGUUUUUUCUCGGGAAUCUCCGUAUUCCCUGCUUUUUCAAAACUGUUACAACCAGAGUGCCUGUGGCCUAUUGCAGCGGCUGUUCAUCAGUUAGGAUACCUCUUUGUUGUACUUCCAUGGGCUUUUGCUCCAGGGUUUUUUAUCGUCAAAUCCAGGGUUGGAGUAGUAAAGCUCAAAUCUUUUAAUAAUAGUGGACGUUCCUUAAAACUUCAGUGUAUUUUUAUAGUAUUAGAUGUAAUAUAUUAAACUUGGAAAUCACUACCGUCUCGUGCUGGUGCCAGCAAGAAGAAUUAUUACUCUUGAAUUCAGUUCUCAUUUUAUUUGACAUCCUGUAGGUUUCAGAGGAUUUGAACCAUAAUCCUUGGAAAGCUUAACAAGUUCUCAUUCACCCUGGUUUCUUCCCCCUCCCAGGGUGUUAUUAAAGAUAUUUAGGGACUAGUUUAAACCCUAAAUAUCACCUUGCCUGUUUAGUGUGAAUAUGUUGUCCGUCAAAUAAUUCUUAUUUAAGUGUUUCAUUCUACCUUGCUUUCUUAUUUCCUUGAGGCAACAAAGUAGCGUCUUCUCCAGAGUAUAGAACUCUGAAAACAUGUGGAAACCAGCUACUGGGUGUUAUGCUGUGAAUCCUUUUUUGUCUGUUCAAGCAGAGUGAAUUCCACAGCCCUGUGUAUGCUCUCUGCUGCUUAAUGCUUAUAGCACAAGGAGAUGCACACACGUAAUCACCAACAUAAAAACUAAAAAUGACUCAACUAGUCAACCAAUAUGGCAGCUCAUUGGUGGUGGCAAAAGCUAUUUGAGCCAGAAGUUUUCAGCUCUUUUGAACACCUUCUAGUUUAGUUCAAUUAAAAGGAAGAAAAUUGCUUUCCUAAAAGCAGAUUAUUGGCAUACCUGAGAGGCCACCGGAUUAAGGUUGGAAGUCAUCGUGGUUUUAUCAGGACUCGCCAGGAGUGGGCGGCAUCAGUCUAACAGUUCAUACUGAGGAGGAUCAUAUGGAAUGUUAUUGAAGUGACCAAAUGUUCCAAAUAGGGAAAGAUGUAUUUUGUGCCAUUAUAUAUUUAUUAAAAGCCUAUAGAUAUUAAAGAUUAUGGUGAAGUUCAGUGCUUGGGAGUCCCACAGCGAGUGUAGGCUCUCACGAAGAAUCUCCGAGGACCCACCCACCAUGCAGUUUAUAUGGGAUCAUUUCCAGUUGUCUGAGAUGGUGCUGCACCUCCAGAGCGGCCAAGUCAGAGCCCCCUGACCAGGGUUCAAGAUCAGCCUUCAUUUCAAGAGGAAGCCAGGGGACUUUGUGCAGAAGAAUGGUUUCAGUUCCAGAGACCCAGCCAGCGACACUGUGACUUUCCCUUUGCUUUUCUCUCUCCUCUCCCUCCCCACCCCACAUUGCGCCUCCUGCUCUGGGCUUAGGUUAUAAAGUGGAAAGAAAGGUCAUACAGAGAUCCUGUUCCCAGAGCCACCAUCAGUGGCACCUGCCCAACACUGGUUUCGCAGUUGGCUUGCUGGUAGUUUGUGUUCCGCAGCUACGGAGCUUUCCAGCCAGCUCCUGAGCAUCCCUGCAGCGUGACCCUGUAGGUGGGGAACCCUGCAUCACUGCUAUUUGCUAUGAUUGUUUUUCAGUCUUGUUGAAUUCUAUGUAAAAAAUAAAUGGCAGUUACUCUUUUUGCAUAGAAAAAACCUGAAGGAAAUACAUACUAAGCUAUUUUUGAUGACUUA